GUUGUUUCAAACUGACCCAGUUACAGCGGCAGCGGUGAAGAGCUUGUCCGCUUGGGAAAACGGACCGGCGCACUAAAUUGGAGGAUGGACUGCUGAGGACUGGGUCCACUUCAUCAGGCUUCAGUCAAGCCAGAAUAAAAGGGGCUCCCGGGAAAGUCAGUCCGGAUCAGCCUGCGAAAUAAGUACUUGGAAGAGAAAAGACCGCUGUCUCAACACAACCGGACACCAUGUCUUUCAGAGACCUGAGAAAUUUCACAGAGAUGAUGCGGGCUUUGGGGUACACUCGUCUCAUUUCAAUGGAAAACUUCAGGACCCCCAAUUUCACCCUGGUGGCAGAGAUCUUAAUCUGGCUGGUGAAGAGAUACGAGCCACACAUGGAUAUUCCCACUGAUGUGGAUACAGAGACAGACCGGGUUUUCUUCAUCAAAGCUGUUGCUCAGUUCAUGGCUUCGAAGGCUCACGUCAAACUCAACACGAAGAGAUUGUACCAGGCGGAUGGGUAUGCGGUCAAAGAGAUGCUGAAGAUCACCUCUGUGCUGUACAGUGCCAUGAAGACCAAAGGAAUGGCGUCCGGAGAUCAGCCGGAAGAAGACAGCAGCAAGUUCAAGUUUGACCUGGGAUCCAAGAUUGCAGAUUUAAAAGCCGCGAGACAGCUGGCGUCAGAGAUCACAUCUAAAGGAGCGUCGCUGUAUGACCUGCUGGGGAAGGAAACAGAACUGAGGGAAAUGCGGACUGCCGCCAUCGCGAGACCCCUGGAAAUAAACGAGACGGAAAAGACCCUGCAAGCCGCAGUCCGGGAGGUCCUGCACCAAGUCCAGAAGACCAAAGACAUGCUGAACAAUGUGGCCUCAGAUGAGGUCAGCCUGGAGGCCAAGAUAGAGAAGAAGAAGCAGGAGCUGGAGAGGAAUCAGAAGCGGCUGCAGACUCUCCAGAGUGUACGGCCAGCCUUCAUGGACGAGUAUGAGAAGAUCGAAGAAGACCUCCAGAAACAGUAUGAGGUCUACGUGGAGAAGUUCCGCAACCUGAGCUUCCUGGAGCAGCAGCUGGAAGAUUACCAUAGGCUGGAGCAGGAGAGGUUUGAGGAGACUGAAAAUACACUGAGGCUGAUGCAGAACAAGCUGAGGGAGGAGGAGAAGAGGCUGAUGAAAAGCGGAGGCAAAGAUGAAGACUCGGACAUUGAGAUUCCAGAGGAUGAUGGAUCAGACAGCGACAUAGAGGACCGCAGACCCCCCAAGCCCCGUCUGACCAGAGACAUACCCAUUCCAGGCAGAGCUGGAGCUCGGAUCCUGGGGACGAUGCAAGGAGGAGACAGCGAAGACGAGGAUGACUCUGAAGACAGCGAGAUCGAUGUGGAUGACGACGAUGAGGAGGAGGAGGAGGAGGAAGAGAACGAGGACCUCGAUGACGAUAAUGACAGCUUAGCGCCCCCCCCACCCAAACCCUCACACCCGCCUCGUGGGGCCCGCAGGGCGGAGCUGCUGGAAGAGAGCGACAACGAUUUCUGAGCCUUGGAGUGCACCUCGAUACCUUGCCCCCACUUCAGGAACUUUCUCAAACAAAAGUUGACCAACCAUGAUCCCGGAGAUAGGUAGUCUGUAAGCUUUACAGGUCUCCUUCAUCCCUAUUCACCUGAAAUGGAUACACAUUACAAUUGAACAGGCAACUCGUGGAGAACAUAACAUUUAGAUUAACUACUAUUAAUACUCUAAAUUAUUUUACUUGCAUAUCAUGAUAACUUAAUGAUGUCAUUUCACUUGGUCACGUUUACAAAAUCUGCAUUCUGGGGGGGGGAUUUUAAAAAUGUAAAUUUUCAUCUGGCAUUUCAGUUUUGCUGAAAAGUACCAAAUGGGUCAUGAGACAUUCACAUGACUGUCCAUCCAGUGGACAAGCAAACAUUAGACAACACUAUGUGUUAUGUGUAGUGAUUGGCACUCUGCUGUUGUCUCUUUUUUAUUGAAUGUGUAUAUCAUUCUAAAUAGACAUAUUGGUUGUGUGUGCACUAAAGGUCAGGAGGCCAUAUCUUAUGACAAAUAUGUUCCUUUCGGGUACGUGCCUAUAUUUGUUAGGGCUUUGUUCUUUUUGCCAUCACACAAUAAACCUAAUUGAUUCAAGCUUUUUUGAAGUUACAUCUACCACCACAAUCCAUUCCCUAUAAAAUGCAAUAUCGUUUUUAAGGUGAGAGGUGUAUAUAAUUAAUACAUUAAACAGUACGUUAUAGAAAAGCAGGACAGUGAAUAAUAAAAGGUCAGAAUCAUCAUAGAAUUCCAUCAGUCACAUAAUAGAGAAACAUGAUUCUAGGCACCUUUAUAGGUGUAAAAGUUGAACAAACAGCUAUGGAAAACUAAGAAAAGCAAGGGAAAGCAAGGCUCUUUGCUCAGAAACACUAUAGAACAUUGAAUCCAUUGUUCCAGAGCUUGAAAGAAUUAGUAUUUCAACAACAGGAGUUGUUGAGCAACAAUGCUUGCCUACGAUUGGUGAGGAGUAAGAGUUUUUACAUGAGUUUGAGCUGAAUAUUAUUUCCAUAAGCAAAGCUUGUCUGCUUUUUGUAUCUACGGCUGCUUGUACUGAGCAGCUUUUUACUUAUUCUUACUAGCUGGUGCAGUUUCCAUUCUCUUCCCCGGUAUUUUAAAAAGUGACUUGGACCAAUUAAAAGUUGACCCACAUUUAACUUUUUCCAUGGUCUGAGAAGUUUAUUUCGGUGUGAACUGCUACUGAGAGCAUGUUAAAAAUCGGGGCCUAAUCGCUUCUCCACAGCUCCCUGGGGACACUGGAGAACUGAAUUGUCAGGCUCUGUGUAAAGGGAUUUUUUUCUUUUUUUAUUUGUCAUUAAAAUAAAGAGACAUUUUUUUACAGUG